ACAUAAAUGUGUAAUCGUGAGAAGAUUAACGCCUCACAUUAUCAACAUUUCCCUCCCGUUGCCGAGCUAGCCUAAAACUUUGGGAACUUCAAUUGUGCACCGAGGGAAGUUCAUUUUUGGCAGUGCUUGGAGCUAUUUUUGAGACGUGCGGUGAAAGUGGAAGUGCCUUUUCGGAGAAAGUUCGGUAGGGGAUUUCUUCCUGGUGGCCACGAAACUACGAAAAUUAUUUCGAUACAAGACUGUGUUAUGCUGAUUGUAAUAUAACUCUGCACAAAAUGUUGACAGUAAUGUGCCCUAACUGUCGUCAUCGGUUUCCAGCUCCAGGUUGUUGUGAGCCACAAAACAUAGAAAAAAAUAAUAGUUUAAUUCAUCCAACAACCUGUUAUUAUGGCGGCCUUCUGGUUCCUAAGGGAUAUACAAGUGGUGGUGGAUGUUUUAUAAAUGCCCCUACUAUUAUUCACAGUCAGCCUAUUAUUAAUUCUUUUAACUAUCCAUCUGUGACAUCUGAUUUAGAAAAACCAAGAAUUGAUAAACAGAAGGAUAUUUUUUUUCAAAGAUCUGAAAAAGAUAUCCAAAAAUGUGAAUUUCCAAUAUUCAGUCAGGAAAUUGAAAAAAAUCAGAAUUCAGGGAGUCAUAUAACAACAAGUUGUGAUUUAACUGGAAGUAGUGUAACAAUAACAACACCAAGCAUACAAUCUGGGGGAUGCUUAAUUCAAAGCACAGACUCUGAAAUCCUUAUGCAGACACCGCAUAUGCAAAUCCGUCCAAAACUAUCUGGUGGUGGCUGUUUUGUACAAAAGACAUUAGCAACUGAAAACCAAGAAGUUUCAAUUACACUUACAGAACCAAAAGAUCAACAAGAAAAUGGAGAACGAGAUGGUAGAAUGUUUCUAUUACCACCAAGUGGUUGUCAAGAAUUACCAGGAAUCCGAAGAAACAUCUUGCCUCAAAAAACAGGUGUUGAAGCAAUAGGAGAUUUUAUGGGAGGAAACAGUGAAGAGAAACCACCGAUUCUCUCAAAUUUUCAGGCUAAUACUGUGCCAGUGAUGCACAUUCAGCAAGCCAAAACUUCUCAGAAAUGUGGGCAAGAAUCAGAGUCAGGAAACAAUUUCAAUUGCUGUUGCAAUCAUGUUCAAAAUCUUUAUCAUGUCAAAUCAAAUAAUGCUCCAACUUUAGAAAAUCGUAAUUCUGUCGUUUUGGAUUCGAAUCCGGGAGUUCAAAUUCAAGUAAAUGCAACUGUACAGCUUCCUGCAAGUUUAGGACAGUGUACAGUAAAUAUUACUGCAUCUACCACAAAUUCCCCAAGUUCUGUACCAAGUAUAGCUUCAAAAACUAGAAACAACUUUAAUGGGGGAGGUUUGGUUCAAGAAAACGAGGUUCAGAACAAUGAAGAACAUUUUGAGGAAAGAAGAGACAGAACACCAACUACGCCUGUUUCAUGGCUAAUGCCUUGCCCCUGGAAUUUUGAUAACUAUAUAAUGGAUAGGGAUGCAGCAAGACUUUCUGAAGUGAAAAGACUUCUACAAACUUGUGGUUGGUAUCAUGAAGGCCUUAGUUGGCAGCAGAGUGAAAAUUUAUUGAAAAAAGCUGCAGUUGGGCGAUGGUUAAUGCGAGACAGUUCAGAUAGUAGAUAUACAUUUGCUAUAUCUGUGCAAACUGCUAGGGGACCUACCUCUGUUCGAGUUCACUAUUUUGUAGGACAGUUUCGAUUAGAUGCUGAACCUAGACUUGCUUUUGCUAUCCCACUUUUUGACUGUCCAAUCAAAAUGUUAGAAUAUUAUGUGGAAUAUUCGAAAAGUGUUGAUGAACAUAGGAAGGAAGUUUGGGUAGAUUAUAGCGGCCAACUUUAUAGCGAGAUUUAUUUGACAAAGCCUUUAGUUAAGGAAGUUAGGUCUCUUAGUCAUUUAGCUAGGCUCGUUGUUAAUAGGUGUAAAUUGCCCACUGAACACUUGCCACCACUAAUUAAAAGUUAUCUUGCUGAAUAUCCAUAUACUCUGUGAAAAAUGAUAUUUAACAUGUUCUUCUGAUUCCUGGGCAUUUUCUAUUAACUUUUACAAAGUUUCAAAAUUUACUCAGGUAAUGUUUUAAAUACAUUAAUUUAAAAUUA